CAAUGGUAUGACUCUAGGCUAGCCAAUAUUACCUCAAUGAUUCGUCUGAUGCACUCAUAUUGUUGCACUAAAUGAGCUUAGCAGGAGCUGACUUACAGUUAUUAUUGACUGAUCAAACAUCGUUCACUGUAUGCACAAAUGGACUAGAUGCUCAAUCCAAUAGUUCAGGUGACGAGUGUCAAAACAGAUUUGUGGUCGAAUGUCCGGUUAUAAUUCAAAGCAGCUUCAACAGCUAUUCACCAAGCCUUGAGCAGUGAUAUUGCUUCCAAUUACAGCGUUUGAUGACUGAAUGAGGACGACGGAUUGCCUAUAAGAAGCACGCUCUUGGAACCUGUCGGCCCUCUCGUGUCUCCAAGAUCUUCUGGCCAUACAGCACUCCCACGACUAUCACUUCAAAGCAUUAUAAAGUAGACCGACCCGGUUAAAAACAUGCGCAUUCUCCUAAGUUUGGUCUCCCUCCUCUCGCUCGCGACCGCGAAUCCCGUGUCUCGCAACCCCUCGAAUCACGAUGGCGAAUAUACCUGGGAAUGCGGCAAGAAAGCUCCAUACAAUUCAUUAGAUUGCAGCAAACUCCUUCAUUGGAUGAAAGACACUUCCAAAACGGGCUGGUUUGGUAUUGGAAAAGCCGAUCACUUAACGCAGUACUGGGAUUCUUGCCAGAUCUAUAUAAUGACCGGGCCUCUCGGUCAUUUCGCCCUCGAAAUACAGCAGGACGAAUUCGUUGAUGUUAUCAAUCGGGGGAUGACGCGUGAGUGCCAGGAUGAUUGGACCCGGGUAAUGGUUAGUCCACACAACAACACUUGGAUAGCCUUUCUAACAGAGAAGGGCUGGGAGCCUAACCAUGGAUUUUGAGAGAAAGGGAGCAUUCCUAUUUCCAUUAACUUGGGAUAGCCAUUCAAUCAACCACUCAUCAUCUCAAGAGCUUUUCCACAGUAAGUGAGUGCAUAAGGACUCAGGGGUUGGUUGAUACUACAGUGAUAUGAGUUUGACCUUGUCCACCAGUCUUUAUGCGAGGUUCUAGGGCGAUGCUUACAAUAUGCA